GAAAAUAGUAAUGCCGAGCGUGCAAAUGGCUGAGCGUCGGCCAUCAUGGCUUUAAGUAGGGACCGUGUCACGCGAACAUGUUUUUUAAGUAAAAAAUCUUACCUGACGCGUGUGUAAUCGUGUCGAGUGACAAUGGCUACGCGAAAAUGAGGCCCUGAGCGUCCUCCGUGUGGGGUGAUCCGGUCGUAGGGCCCCAGCCAGGCCCAACCCUAAACAAGACUCACGCCCCGACAAAUCGACCCCACUUCCCCCCUCGUCACACACACACACACGGGUUCCCUUGUGUUCCCUUCAAGUUUAUUAUCUACAUAUAUUUUUUUUCAUUCUCUUGCCAAAACACGGCAGUUGUUGAUUGUUUUUGCGCCAUUGAAAAUACAACUUUGUCAACAUGAGUAAAGUUUCGUUCAGGGCGCGCCCCCUGGAAGCGUUCAAGCCCAUGCCAAUAUACAUGGCCGAGGAACUCCCUGAUCUUCCUGAUUAUUCAGCCAUCAAUCGUGUUGUGCCUCAAAUGCCAAGCGGAAUGGAAAAAGAGGAAGAAUGCGAGCAUCAUCUUCAAAGAGCGAUGAGCAAAGGGUUAAUCAUUCCUACCCCUGAGGUAACAAAUUUAACUGAAGAAAAUAUCUACGACAGAAUUUAUCCCGCUGACUACAAAUUACCUCGACAGCUUAUUCACAUGCAACCCUUCGCAAUGGAGCAGGACAUUCCAGAUUAUGACAUGGAUUCCGAGGACGAAAGAUGGGUCGGAAUUCAAAGUCGAAAAAUGGACUUGACUCCUCUGCAGUUCGAGGAAAUGAUGGAUAGACUCGAGAAAAGCUCUGGUCAAACUGUUGUCACUCUCAACGAGGCAAAAGCGCUUCUAAAAGAAGAUGACGAUCUCAUCAUUGCAGUUUUUGACUAUUGGCUCAACAAACGUCUCAAAACGCAACAUCCGUUACUUUUGACGGUGAAAACGGAACAUCGUAUUGGUUCGGCAGUAAACAAUCCGUAUCUCGCAUUCCGACGACGAGCUGAAAAAAUGCAAACGCGUAAAAUUCGUAAAAAUGACGAGACAAGUUAUGAAAAAAUGCUCAAGUUGCGACGUGAUCUCAGCAGAGCUGUCACUCUUCUCGAGUUGGUGAAAAGACGCGAGAAAACGAAACGAGAGCAUCUUCAUUUGACUAUCGAAGUCUACGAAAAGAGGUAUCAAGCGCAGGACUUUAGUGGACAAAUUCUCACGGAAGUUUCGGCAUUGAAGACUUCAAGACCGGCUUUCGCUCCACUCUUCACAAAUCAGUUUGGUGUUCAUCAAAAUUGGGCCAAUAAAGUUUGUGGAAAGGACGAAGUGAUUCCGAGGAAGGAGAAACGACAGUACAAGAAGCGAAAACACAAACCGGACACAAGAGGAGGUCUAGAUGAUGUGAGAGGUGGUACGGGAAGUAGCGGAGGUCGAGGAAGUCGAGCGGCUCUUGGAAGCGGGCUGGACCCGCUGAUCAGUUCAGAUGAAGACAGUCCUCUUCCGUCUCACUCGCACACUCAACCUUCGCUUCCUUUGGAUCGCACUGAUGACGACACGACUGACGAGGGUCAAUUCGCAUUCAAGCGAACCAGAUAUAAUUCUUACUUAUCGCCUGUAUCAGGUGGAUAUGGAAAUUGGCCUUGGUGCGAUAGAGAUGAAGGUGGAUUAGCCGACAAAAGAUUCAGGUUCGCCCUGACGAGCAUUAGUAAACCGACUCCAAGGUGCAUUGGCCUUGCAAGACGACGAGUUGGUCGAGGCGGCAGAGUAAUUUUGGACCGUUGUCCAAGCGAUAUGGACGACAUGUGGUCUUCUUUGGAUUUCACGAUACAUGAACCAAAACGAGAAUCGAUUGAUCCAACGGCGACUGCCACAACUACGACUGCAGUUAAGAAACAAAUAUUGCACUUCCGGCCGAAGACGCCACCAAUGUCGCAGAGUGCUCCGAGUGAGUCAGGCGGCAGCAGUUGUGGUAACAGCAGUGACUCCGACUCGGAAACAGAGCCAUCGUCUCACCUGAGGCCGGAGCCAAUGGCCCCCUAUCCCUUCCCGGCGGAGGUGACGUCAAUAUGCGUUGACGUUGAGUCUGAUCGUCCCGGUGACGAGCCGCCCUUCACAUCUGAAUUCAAUAUAUCGGACUAUUUCUCAACGGACGCGUUGUCGGACUUUGAUUUGGCGGUUGGCAGUGCAUUGCCAACAAUCACGAACAAUAAUACUCCGAGCGAGUCGCGAACAGACGAACUCGAUCAACUCGGAUCAUCUCGUUUCAUUUUGAGUACGGAGAACUCAGUCUUUACCCCGCCGCCAAAUCGACCCCCCCAGUGCAGUGCUAGUGAUAAUGUAAGUACAAAUUCGACAAAUUUCCUCAUCUCGUCCUCAAGUUCAACGUCGUCACUCUCGUCCUCCUCCUCCUCGUCAUUUGCGACGCCCAUCACAAUGUCGUCGUCAUCGUCGUCGUUGUCGACAACGCACGAACAGUCGCAAUCGCCCCUCACUCAUCGAACCGAAGUCCAACUAAACAAACUGUCUAAAACAAGACAAUUUGUCAAUAACACUUGUUCUUCUUCUUCUUCAUCUUCUUCUGUUGCCGCCGCCACCGCUUCGAUACUAUCGAAAUCGCUAACUAGUCCAACGAACAAUAAAAGUAACGUAGGCGGUGCCAAAGUUCUCGGGAAUAUGGGAAACGGACAUCAGAAUGGACCAUUGGUUGUUCACAAUUCCAAUACAAAUAAUCUUCAGAACAGCCAUCUUUCCAACAAUCAAUCGACCAUCAUUCUCCAAACGCAGAAGCAAGCGCCGUCCAAUUUGCUGCCGGGUAUCAUCACCCAGAACAACAAACUCGUCAGCCUCAGACAGCAGAUUCCAACGUCCGGGGAAAUUACGCUUAAAAGUAGUAAUAGUGAAGGAAUGGAAAUGGAAGUAGAUGGAGUGGAAUCAUCGGCGUGUGAUGGGAAGCCACAACAACAGCAAUUAGUGCGAACGAGUAAAACAAAUUCACUCGCAAUGGAAGUGACAUGAUGCCUGCUAUUGGCACCCCUGUUGUUGCCAUUUCGUCACUGGGGGCUUCGCUGACUUUACCUUGCCGAUGUCUACCUAAUCUACUUUUUUUUUCUUCCGUUUUCGGUUCAUUUUUUUUUUUUUUUUUUUUUUUUUUCUUUGACACUGGCUACAGACUGCGUACACUCUUUCGGCGCUUUCCUCCUCUUCGCUCAUCGACGCUUUCGCCACGACUCGAUAAAAAAAAAAACAUCGAAAAUUUUCCCCUUUCAUCAAUUCAUUAAAAAAAAAAUUCAAAAUUGCAAAUUUUUCUCCUAGUUUCAUUGGCUCUUUUUUUUUAAACUAAUGAAAUAUAUUUUUUUUUGAAAUUUGUAAAAAUUUCAAUUUUUGCGUUUAUGUCAUUUUUUUUUAUUUAUUUAAAAAAAAUUCUAUAUUUUCGAGUAUCUCGAUAGUUUGUAAAUAAUAAUUUAUAAGUUUCGAUAUUUAUCGAUCGGUUGUUUUUUUUUACAAAAAUAUUUUGCGCAAAUUGUCAAAAAUGUACAAAAAAAAAAAGAAAAUAUUGCGAAUUACACAAAUUUUUUGCAAUUUUGUGCAAUUUCUUCUAAAUUGAAAAAAGGAUUUUCAAUAACUAUAUAUAGCAAUUUUAAAUCUAGUCGUGGUACUGAAUUUCCAGACGCGCUGAAAAUUCCUGUUGUGAAUUUUUCUCUCGACCCCCCCCCCCCCACCCACAUAUUGUACUUGAUAUUCCAUAAAAAAUAAGUCAUCGUUCUUCCAAGCAAGUCACUUUUCUCGAGGUUCGAAUAUCUUCGCGUCUUUUAAGUUCAAAAAAAAGGAAAUUGAGUCUGAAAAUCGGAACUUUUUUUCAAAAAUUCGAAACGAUUGAAUAUAUUGAUGAAUUUAUUGUUUUCAAUUAUUUUUUUUUGUAAAUUAAUUUAAAUUAUUUAAUAAUAAUAAUAAUUACAAAUGAGAUUAAUGAUUGAAAAAUUUAUUAUUUUUUUUUUGUAAAUUACAAAUCAAAAAAUUUUCCGAUUUUUGAACUUGAAUUUUCGAAUAUUGUGUCUGGAAAUUGAAAGGCCGUCGUCGAGAGUUGACCUCGAAAAUAAUUAUUAGCGUCGGGACCUACGAGGUAUACACAACGGGUAUAUCGUGACACUCUUGUCUUUCAUGUUUAGUAGCCGCGAACGGUUUAUACAAAAAAAAAGUACAUAACGCUUUACGAAAUUAGGGUAAUAUUUAUUGUGAGAAGAUUCAAAGUCUCUAAAUUUUUUAACUUCGCUCACUUGGGCUAAAAAGUUCUCCUUUUUUGCAUCUAACUUCAAAAAAAAAAAAUGACUAAAUACGUUUAAUAUCUUUUCCAAUAAAAUUAAGAAAACCUAACAUUUCCAAGUGAAAAUAAAAUAAUUUAAAAACAAAAUUUUACGGAAAUAAAUUAAAAUUCACUUUAAAAAAAAAUUAUAAAAGAAUUUUAUUUGUUAAUAUCGAAUUAAUUUCAAUUUAAUAGAAAAUAUUGGCCAAAUUGAGCGAAGUUGAAGAAUUGGAAUGAUACGGUUUUUGUCGUUUAACGCGGACGCGGAUUUAAAAAAAGAAAAUAAGGAGAGAGAAUGAGAGAGUGAGAGUGAAAGUGAGAAUCUGUUGGCACGAAACGACAGUGACAUUAACGAAUCUAAAUGUACACAAGUUAUUCGUAUUAAAGGGUCUUAGCUUACCUGUAUCUAUAAUCCAUAGGCGUACACUCGCUCUUCUACGUAACAGUCUGUGCGCUCUUGUUAAAAAAAAACAAACAAACAAAAACAGUCUAUUACAAAAAAAGACAUCUUCUCGAAUCUCUUCAUUUUUCUCUCAUUUCAAUUGAUUCAAAAAAUUAUUCACAGAACGAAUCGAGAAGAUUUUCCAAAAAAAAAAAAUUCUACUUUAUUUAUUACAUUGAAAAUUUCAAAAUUGUUUGAAAUAAAUUUUGUAAAUAUUUUUAAAUUAUUUGAAAGGAAGAAAAAGAAUUUUGAAAGAAUUUUUUUAUGAGUAAAGAAAAUAUUUCAAAAGAAUUAUAAUAAACUAUCAGAAAUAUAAAUAUAAAUAUAUAUAUAGUCAGUUUAUUUGAAAAUUUCGUCAUUUUUGGUUUUUGAAAUCAAACGAGAGCGAAGAGCCUUCGUUCCUUUUGUACACUUAACUCGAGUCUUCGUGCUUAAACUCGCAUCUGAAAAUGUAAUUUUUCAAAACAAAAAAAAAAUAAAUAAAUAAAUAAAAAUAACAGCACCGCAGAUUAAAUAUAAGGGAUUUUAAUAAGGCUGCGGUGCUUAAAAAUACGUGGGAAACAUAAACGAUGGGAAAUGAGGAUGUUUAAAUAAUAAUAAUGAAAAAAAAAAAAAAUACUGUACAUAUAAAAAUAAUUACGCUUACUGUAUCUCUUACUUUUAGGUGAUCAAUUAAAUGUAAUUAAUGUUGUUGUGGUAGGCGCACAGCGAUGUGUAAGAAAACUAUGAAUAAUUCGAAACAAUUUUAGGAGGAGUAAUAAAGAAAUUUUAUCCUGAAAA